ACGUGAAGGAGUCAGCAUACCGGAAGCGCAGCAGACGGCCACCGCCCCGGUAAAAGCGUGACAGGGCCCCACCUUCGCGAACAAUGGGUGUUACCGUUCAAAGCCUGAAGCCCGGCGACGAUAAAACGUUCGCCAAGAAAGGCCAGCAAGUCAGCGUGCACUACGUCGGGACGCUGACAAACGGCGCUAAAUUUGACUCAUCCCGGGACCGAGGCCAGCCCUUUAAAUUCAAACUGGGUUGUGGUGACGUCAUCCGAGGCUGGGAUGAGGGGGUCGCUCAGAUGAGCCUUGGCCAGACGGCCCGUUUGACCUGCACGCCGGAUUACGCUUACGGCAGCCGAGGCUUCCCUCCCGUCAUCCCAGCCAACGCCACUCUCAUCUUUGAAGUGGAACUCCUCGGAAUUCUUUGACUUGUUCUUUUUGGGGGUUUUGUAGUUCAUCAGAACCUGUCAUUCCAACCUCAUCUGUCACAAAUGAAAAUGCUUUGUGUUUACAUAAUUGGCCAUCUUGGAUUCCCCUCCUUUUUUUUUCCUCCAAUCCAACACAUCCCGUCCAAUUUUUUUUGAUCGGUAAUGUAGUGGAUUCGUUUUUAAUUUGGCUUGUAAAUGUUUGACUUGACACUCAGGUGCCCAUUGAAGCAGAAUGCUUUCCAUGCACUGUAACAUAGCAACUCACGUGCCAUCCAAUUAGUGAUUAACGCCAAAUGUAUUUGAUGCAUUCAUAUGACAGCUUUGGCACGACGAUUAAAACAUGUCACCUCAUACAAAUAGAAAUAUCAGUGAAGGCCUCUGAUUUAAUCACCGCUUAUUGUGUAGAAGCCGAAAGUGAAGUGUCCUUGUAUCACGUCAUUGUGCUUUGUAAGCUUUUUUUUCCUCUAUCAAACCACUAGAAAUAGUCUCUCAGUUGUGUUCUUGCAUUAAAAACCAGUACACCACA